UCCAUGGGUAAACUAUUUCGAAUAAAUUCCGAGUGCUCUUGUUCAUAUAAAGUGCAACAGUCCCUGUCACAUCCCCUCCCCUGGUACUCCAAACACAGCACCAAUCCAGGCUAUUUUGUUCAACCUAAAGCUUACACAAUUAUCAUGAGACUUUUACCUUCACUGUUAAUAUUUAUCCUGGUAGCUCUGGCUACGAAUAGCCUGGCAAGUGCCGAAGUAAACCCGCUGGACCAUGUCGAGGUCGAGCGUGUCAGACGGCUAGCUAAUGCAUUGAAGGUGUCACAGAACGGCACGGAAGACAUGCUGCGGGCAGCGGGUGACGCCAAGCGCGAAUUCCCGCAUCUGCUGCGGCUAGUGGACGAUGUCCUCGCAAACACUAUGGUCAAGCGCGUGGUCGACCCAAUUGUUGAUCGGGUACUGCCCACCAUGUCGAAUGUUAUUAGCCCAGAGCGCCUAUACCGGUUCGCAGACAAUGCGGUAAACGCUGGGUUCGAGGUCACAGACGGAGUACUGCGUGCUAUUUUUGGCAGCGAGUCUGGUCUUGGCGAUAUCCUCACCCGACCCCGACCGAAAAAGCCCGCAAUGGCCGUCCCUGUGUCGUCUGUACUCUCCCACAUGGAGACGCUGCUAUGAGGUUUCCGUGCACCUGCCCGCCUGUUCUGCAACAAACACUAGCCUACCAAGUUUUCCUCACGCUCAGACCUUCACACACAUCGCAAAUCUCACACACGUACAUUGUCGCCGUUAUCAUAACACCAUGGGCAAGCCAGUUUCUGGCUACGUCGACAGAGAAACAAUACCGCACUCACUUUCAUCGAUUUCCUCCGCCCGUACACACCUGUCCUCAUCACUGUCCCUUACCCCGCCCUCGCAAAGUAUUCUCUCCAACCACUGAAAUAAAUUUUCUGAAUAUCUU